UAGAGGGAGACAGAGCUUGUGCCAGGGAGAAGUAGUGCUGAACUCAUUCAAACUUCUGUCACAUUCAGGGGGGCAUAAAACAACCCACUCUAACCAGCUAAACUGGUGUUUAAUGCCAAAAUCAAAAUAUUAUACGGGAAAGAGAGAGAGGGGUCAAAAACAGAAGAAAACCCGCCCACCACAAAUAAUACCCCUUUAAAUAUAUAGCUUUAUUCCCCUUGGGGGUUGAAGGCCACAACCUGUCACACAAAGAGGGCAUGGGGUUCUGGGCACAUACUUAGUAGUGUCAGGAAACUCCCUGUGCCCAACACUCUGCUCUUCCCCAUCUGUUGUGUCUUUGCCUGGGUAAAUGAGCCCAUGUAGCAGCUCUUCGCCUGUACCAGCAGCGGCAGCACUAUGCCCAUUUUACUUUUCCUGCUAGAUACCUCCGCUUCAAUGAACCAGCGCACAUACCUGGGCACUACCUACUUGGACAUAGCUAAAGGCGCUGUAGAGACUUUCAUGAAGCUGAGAUCCAGAGAUCCUGCUAGCAGAGGAGACAGGUACAUGCUGGUCACCCUGGAGGAGCCUCCUUAUGGGAUCAAGCUCCGCAGCAUUGAACUGUGGGAGAUGUGGAUUCAAGUUAAAAGUGACAUCCUCAAGGGGAGUUUGGAUUACACAGCCCUGGAGUGCAGGGUGCUGUUUGUGACUCUCAGGUCCCCUAAAGGACUUCCAGAUGCAGCUAAACCACUUGGGCCUCAACCUUGGCAUAGUUGUCGCAAACUUAUCUAUGUUAGACCUAACCCUAAAACCGGAGUCCCUUUGGGUCAUUGGCCAAUACCAGAAUCUUUUUGGCCAGAUCAGAAUUCUCCAACACUGCCACCUCGUACGUGCCACCCCAUUGUGAAGUUUUCUUGUACAAACUCGGAGCCAAUGGUUAUUGACAAAUUACCAUUUGAUAAAUAUGAGUUGGAGCCUUCACCACUGACUCAGUAUAUUUUGGAGAGAAAAUCGCCUCAUACUUGUUGGCCUGUAUUUGUGACCAACAGUGCAAAGUAUAGUGAACUCGGACAUCCGUUUGGAUACUUGAAAGCCAGCACAACUCUGACUUGUGUAAAUUUGUUUGUGAUGCCUUAUAACUAUCCUGUUCUCCUUCCUUUAUUAGAUGAUUUAUUUAAAAUACACAAGAGUAAACCCUCUUUAAAAUGGAGGCAACAGUUUGAAAACUAUUUGAAGGCUAUGCCACCUUAUUAUAUUGGGCCUCUAAAGAAAGCCUUAAGGGCGAUGAGUGCACCAAACCUUAUACCAGAAAACAUGGAGUAUGGUUUGAGUUACAGUGUGGUGUCAUACCUCAAAAAGCUGAGCCAGCAGGCCAAAAUUGAAUCGGAUAGAUUAAUAGGUUCCAUAGGUAAAAAAUACCCUCAAGAAACUGGUAUAAAAGUAAUAGGUUGCUCCAAUGCCAUGUCACUGGCCUACCGAAAAGAGUUUAAACAACUGCUUCAAGAAAUAACAGGAGAGGUGCCACAGAGACCUUUUGAUCUCAACAUAAAGGAGUUUGCUGGUUUCCAGAUAGCCUUAUUGAAUAAGGAUCUUAAACCACAGACUUUUAGGAAUGCCUAUGAUAUCCCAAGAACAAAUCUCCUAGAUCAUCUAACUAGAAUGAGAGCAAAUAUGCUUAAGUCAACAAGUCGGUUUCUUAAAGGACAGGAUGAAGAUCAAGUGCACAGUAUUCCUAUAUUCCAAAUGGGAAAUUAUCAGGAAUACCUAAAACAGAUACCUUCUCCGUUAAGAGAGCUUGAUUCCGAUCAGCCAAGGAGACUGCACACAUUUGGGAAUCCAUUUAAAUUGGACAAAAAGGGGAUGAUGAUUGAUGAAGCAGAUGAGUUUGUAUCAGGGCACCAAAAUAAACUCAAGCGCCCGGGAGAUUCAAACACUCAGGGGAUUCCAAAGAGAAGACGAUGUAUGUCCCCAUUAUUGCGAUGCCGGCCCCAGACUCCACCUGUGAUAAACAACCACAUAGAAGGCAAAGGUCCACCAGCUACUACUGCUCAACCACCUCAAGACCUCCCAAAAUCUGUUGCUGCAUCUAAAAAUCCCAUUUUGAGCAACAAUAUUUUAGAAAGUGAUGCUGUAGAAAAUCAUUUUGAGGACCAACUUGAUACAGAUGUUCUCACAGAAAUGCCUGAACCCCUUGAAGUUUUGUCAGACAGUUCUUUGGAUUUAAUGGAAACAGCGGACGAUAGUGACAAUAAUAGUUAUAGACUCAAUGACACUUCUGAUGAAUUUUCUGAGAAUUCAACUGAUGUGGAAAGCUGCUUUGAAAACAGUUUACCUGCAUUUACAGCCAAUAAGACAAGGGGGACACAACCGUUCAGGAGCAAUGAGGUCAACACAGAGCUGAAAACACAAAUAAUAAAAGAGAUUAGGAAACCGGGAAGGAAAUAUGAAAUAAUUUUUGCUUUGCUAAAAGAAGUUGAAGGCAGUUUGCAGACACGACUUAUAUUUUUGCAGAAUGUCAUCAAAGAAGCUGCAAGAUUUAAAAAAAGAAUGUUAAUAGAACAACUUGAAGGAUUUUUGGAAGAAAUUCACAGGCGAUCAAACGAAGUCAACCACUUAAAGAGCUUUUAAAUCAUAAUAUACAGAACUAUUCUACUGAGGCACAAUGUGUGCUGUAUAUAUUGCACUCAUAUUGGAGAUCACCUGUGGCUCUAAAACCUGGAGACUUGUAACCACCUGAAAAAUGAACUGUUUAUACACAACAUGCUUCCAUUUUUAAUCAUAAAAGUAUCAAAAUGAUACAUUUAAUCAAACAAUAGUUUUAAAAUUUGCUGGUGGUCAGUGACCGUCAAUUUCUCAGGUUCUGCUGUAAGCUUUUUUUUUUCUAAAAGACAUUUACAGGUUAUCACUGGCUAUGAUGAAACUGCGCCAAAAAACAGGGCUCAUUUAUGGGCUACUUUUAGGAUGCAACACGGUCAUUUUUUAGUACAUCUGUAGUGUCUUCAGGCUGAUCAUGUGUUGCAUUUCUAAGUAAUCUUUAAAUGAGUCCUGUCUUUGUAUUUAUAAUAUAAUUAGAAAAAAAAGCACAUGUUAAACAAGGUAAUAUUUUGUACAUAGUUAUUUUGAAUAUAUUAUUGUAAGUUGUACAGGUGUAUUUUGAAAACUAUUUAAACAGAGGCACUUUUGUUAUUCCAUCAAUAAAAAGCUCUAUUUUAA